UAAAAGGCGAUGUCCGACUCGAGCUCUAGCGAGGAUGAAGGUGACUUCUGUACGUCACGACCAGGAGGUCAGUUAGGUCAAUGGUCAGCAAUACCAAAUGGCCAUGUCGGCUCUCCAUCCCGGGGGAAAGCUAGCAAGGGUGGCAACGUGAACUCGGAAAGAUUAGACUUAUCUACAAUCUGCAGAGAUGAGGAGGAUACUCGCCUAUUGGCUAGAUUAUUGAAAUGUAACAAAGGAAAAGAGGUGGUUGCUGAAUUAGAGGAAAAACUCUGCUGUAAAUUACACAUUAAAUACAAAACAAGGCCUAAACGUCGCUUAGUAACAAAACGUCCAAGAUCACGCCGAUGUCAAUCACCACAAGUGGUAUGUCAAUCCUCACCUCGACUCUUUUUCGGAGGAAGAAGUAUAUCAAUGUCAGAAACCCCAGAAUACAGGUCAACGUCCUCAAUCAUUAAUAAUGUAGAGGUCAAGGUCAAACAAGGUGACAUCGCCAAAGAAACGGCAGACGUCAUUGUCAAUGUGGUUGGACCAGAUCUCGAUUUUCAGAAGAGCCUCAUUUCUAAAUCACUUUGUAAGGCUGGAGGAAGUACCCUGAUUAAGGCUCUGAAGGAUUCUAAAUCAAAGCUUGGCAGCUCCCGCAUCAUUACAACAGUUGGCGGAAACUUGAAUUGUCAAUUUGUGUUUACACUAGUACUUCAUCCUUGGACAGACGUAAACGCCCAAAAGGAAUUUCCGCAGAUCAUGGAUGAAUGCUUUCAGUUGUGUAUCCAAAGUGGCAUGACAUCCAUAUCACUACCGCUGUUAGGCUGUGGCCGGAUGUUGCAGUAUCCAUUACAAACGGCAGCAGACAUCAUGGUGCAGAGCGCCUGUAAAGCUUUAUCCAAAGGCGGGCUCCAGGGAAUAACGUUCGUUCAAUAUAGUCCACCAGAAUAUGACGCCAUGACACAAGCACUACGUCAGAAUAGUGGCGCCACAGGUGGCACGGCGGCUGCCAAUGGUGAAGGUGACAGCGACGAUGUGGAUGCCAUUGGUUGCUCUAUAACUGUGUCGACGUUUUCUAAAACGAGACCAAACGUUGUGUCUCGGAUUCUCUCAGGAAUAAAAGACAGAUUACUGUGUACUGAUAAUAUUCAAAAUCCCCAAAAUAAAUGUUUACCUCUUCGAAUCAAGGGGCGUAUUCACGAGGUCGCUUCAAAAAAAGGACAGCGACAUAUAAGACUCGACAUAGAUCAGAAGACUGGCAAUAUAGAGUUAAGAGGUGAAAGGGAUCACAUUAAAAAGUGCAAAUAUGAAAUAAUACCUCUACUUUCUGGUACUGUGAACACUUCUGACCAGCUUAAAUGUUCACCCGAGUUUUGGUCAAGUCUUGCACAUGAGUACACUCAAACGCCGCCCUAUUGGUCACACUUUCCUAGGUGUCGCCCAAUGCCAGAGGUAUUUAAAUUAUUCCAGGCCAAUCGUCAGCCGAUGGUAGUGCCUGUGGAUAGAGAUACUGACGCUGCUGUAAGGAGCCUCGUUCACAGCACAUGGCAGAAAGAAAAUGUAGGUCAAGGACGAGAUGCUGUCGGCUUGUCUCACACAUCCCUCAAGAUUCACAAGGUAGAAAGAAUAGAAAAUCUCGGACUGUUCGCAAAAUAUGCCAUCAAACGUCAGGAAUUCUUCCGUGCUCUCUCAGAUGACGAAACAUACCAUCUUCCUAAAAUUGAGGAUGUUCUGCCUUCAGGAAUGCCGAUGCAGUGUAGAGGACCAAUAGAUACCUAUGCAAAGUUAACAAAACCGUUAAAAGAAGAAAUUUUCCCAGAAAUUAAUGAACAUUAUCUUUUUCAUGGAACCAAACCAGAGGUUUUACAGACCAUCAUUCAUCAAGGUCUGGACUUUAGAAUGAGCAGUGAUAAAGCAAUGUUUGGAAUGGGAAUUUAUGGCGCUGAAAGUUCUACAAAAGCGGAUCAAUACGUGGACGCCAAAACCAACAGAACUCCUGGAACGAAGAAAAUGCUUUUGAUGCGGAUGUUGCUGGGAAAAUCGUAUCUUUGUCUGGACCCAAACCCCAAAAAGUACAGACGACCUCCAUGCACUAGUUCCGGUUGUCGGCGUGACGAUUGUGUUGAUAUGCAUGACCGAUUCGAUAGCGUCAUUGGAGACGGACAGUGGUUAUUCCGGGAAUUCGUAGUGUAUGCCGUUGAUCAAUGUUAUCCGGAAUAUAUUAUCACUUACGAAAGAAAAUAACCUUGUAUCCUGUUCCAUUACAAAUCACGAGACUUAAAACUGAAGUGUACGGUGGUCGAUUACGGAACGACAAUUUCGAACGUACAGUACAUGAUGAAUGACAGCCCUGAACUAACAGAUAUAUCUGCUAUGCUGAUAUGCUAGUAUCUAACCAUGGUCCAUGUUGUUAGUUUAUUUGAGCCAAAUGACUUAAUUAAAUUGGUUUAAUCAGCAAACCAAACAAUAAAUCAGUCACAUUAAUUAAUUGUAUUCAAUAAAAACUAUCUGUAAAUAUUUCACAGAUGCUACUGUUCAAUCGAAUUUUAAUUUUUACGUGGAAAAAAGAUGCAUAUGAAUUACACUCUGUGUAAAACGUACCAAAAUCUAAUCAAAAUUAAAGCCACAUUAGAAUUUUUCCACUCUUUCUUCCGCAUGCUGAGAUUUUUAAUAC